CGGUUCAUGUUAUUUUCAAGAAAAUUUCUGUGAAUGUAGUUUUUAUGAAGUUUAUCAAAUAAAUGGAUAUUUUAAACGAUACUGAUUAAAACAACACGAUAAUAUAAUGGAUGGGCUAUCAAUAAACAGUUUUUUCGAUAAUGAAGGUGGAGAUUCUGCUAAUGGUGCAGAUUUCCUUGAUUUAGAUUUUACUUAUGCUGAUGCUGACACACACUUGAAUGAAAUCGCCGAACUUUACAGUUACACUGAGCACAAUGAGUUUCAACUUAAUGUUAAAGCUUUUGAGGAUCAGAUGGAAGUUUACAACCUUAAACCACUUUGGCAGCAACUUAGCAAGGAAGAGCAUCAGGGAAUUAUCCUAAAAUUAAUGGAUCAAUUAGAAGUACUUGAUGUUAAUAUGCGCAUGAAAGCAGCGAGAACACUUCUUUACCUUGCACAAGGUUGUUGGGUUGAAGUGCAAUCGGAUGAAGAGCAACAAAAGCUGACAAGAUACAACGUGAUGAUGUUGUAUCGCCUGGGAGUUUUUCAAGCUUUCAUUGAACUUUUGAAUCUUGAAAUCGAGAAUGCUCAUGUUGCAAAUGUCGCCAUAAGAAAGAUUGCCGUGUCACUUGCUGAUUCUGUGGACCUUCGUGUCAUUCUUUCAUUUCUCUACAUCAUAACUGAAGUAAUGCGUGCUGAAAAGGAAAGAAUUGAAACUGACGACGAAUACAAAGAUCUUGUUGAGACUUUCAUAGCAGAGAUCAGUCAACCAAUGGGUGAUGAACUUCUGGCAGUUAAACUUUUAGGAAUGAUCACGAGAUUCUGCAGUGCGUCAGCUCCACAUUUUCCAAUGAAAAAAGUUCUUCUUCUGCUUUGGAAAGUGUCACUAGUGAGUCUUGGAGGUACAGACACACUUAAAAGACUAAAAAAUGAAUAUCGUGAAAAAGUUGGACUCAGUUCUGUUACUGAAGACACAAUUGAAGUCUCCAAAACAAUGCGUGCCAGUUCACCACCGCCAACAGUCGGUGCAGAUGAAAAUCUCAAUCAGAAGCGCUCUCGAAACUUUCGACGCGUACGUAAUGUUGUGAUUUCAGAGGUAAGCUUGAUGAAGCAAAGUUCAUUGGAUGAACAAGAACAAUUGGGAAUGGAACUUGAAGCACAAAAUGCAGAGAAUGAAGAAGAUAUUUCUGAUUACUAUCAACAAUAUGACGAUCCAAUGAAUGGAGCAGACCGCGCAGACACAACAGCAACUGAUGGUGAAUUGACAAAACAAAAUUCUCUAAGCAAUACUCAACCAAAUCAUCCACCACAACAUCCAACAUUACCGUGGCAACCGAAAGUCAGGACGAAGGAUAUUUAUCAGUUCUUGGAUGUUUCGAGACAAAAAUUUAUCGGAUAUUCAUUGCCAGAUAAUUGUGAGACAACUGCUGGUCUACCGAAGCCAAUUUGUGAAGGAAUCAGCAUUCUUAAAAGGCAUUUAUAUACAAGUCUCGCUGACGUACAAAUCAAACGUGAAGAAGAAAUUACAAGAAAUCCUUUGACCAAAGGUGAAGAAGAUGUUGACUUGAAUCCAACUGAAGUUCUUUAUCAAGCAAUUCUACCAAAUCUCCCUCAAUACAUGAUUUCAUUGUUGAAGAUUCUUCUUGCGGCAGCACCAACAUCAAAAGCUAAGACCGAAAGUAUCAAUAUCAUGGCUGAUGUGUUGCCAGAAGAUAUGCCAAUGACAGUGACACAAUCAACAAAGUUGGGAAUUGAUGUCAAUCGUCACAAGGAAAUUAUUGUGAAAGCAGUUUCAGCGAUACUUUUACUUUAUUUAAAACAUUUUAAAAUUAAUCAUGUAUAUCAAUUUGAGUUUAUGUCACAACAUCUCGUGUUUGCAAAUUGCAUUCCUUUGGUUUUGAAGUUCUUCAAUCAAAGCAUCAUGACGUAUGUUGGAUCGAAAAACAUAAUUCCAAUUAUGGAUUUCCCAUCAUGUGUCAUUGGCGAACAACCUGAGAUGACGUCUGAUAUGGUGAUUGGUGACUCCGAGCCAUAUUCAUGGAGAAACAUCUUCUCAUGCAUAAAUCUUUUGAGAAUUUUAAAUAAAUUGACGAAAUGGAAGAAUUCGAGAAUAAUGAUGUUGGUUGUGUUUAAGUCCGCUCCGAUACUUAAGAGAACUCUGAAAGUUCGUCAGUGUUUGAUGCAACUAUAUGUGCUGAAGCUUUUAAAGAUGCAAACGAAAUAUCUUGGACGACAAUGGCGUAAAACUAACAUGAAAAUUAUCAGUGCAAUUUAUGGAAAGGUUCGUCACCAUCUCAACGAUGAUUGGGCAUUUGGAAAUGAUUUGGAUGCGCGACCAUGGGAUUUCCAAGCUGAAGAAUGUACUUUGAGAACUUGUGUUGAUCGCUUUAACAAUCGUCGAUACUAUUCACAGAUCUCUAAUGCGAUUAGAUUUCCUGAUCAAAAUGUCAACCAUAAUCAGAAUAAUGUAAACACAAACAAUGAGAACGGUGUUUUUAAUGGAACAGAAAGUGAAUAUAAUUUAAAUAAUAUCAUCAACAAUGCUUCGUUUGGUGACAUAAAUUGCAUCGACGAUAACUUUGAAUUGACAAAUGAGUUUAAAAAGAACUACGAAAUGUGGUUAAAGGAAGAAGUUUAUUGUUCGGAAGAAAAUGCAAUUGAUUGGGAAGCAAUUUUAAAAGAACCUUCGAAGAUUCUCAUUAAUGAGAUUAAAAAUUCAAUUCACUAUACAACAUAUUUUAUGAAAUGUCCUUAAAUGUUUGAUAUCGUCGCAUGCUUUCUAACUAUUAAACAAAUAAAUAAAUAAUAAAAUUAGAGAAUAUUAAUUAA